AAUAUAAUAAAUAAAUAAAUGUAAAUGAGGUGCUACUGCUAGUGUAUACACGAGGAUUACGAAACAGAUUGAUUGUUUAUUCAUGAACACAAAGAUUCCUCCGACGAUACAUUGAACGAGUGACGCACGCAGCGUUAAAAAUAAAAAUAAAAUCGCGGUCUUGAUUUUGUUGGAAGAGAAGGGGAAGCAUGUUGCAAUCCAAGUAAUAAAUUCAUUCGAUUCAGGAUUAGUGGGAGGGAAGAAGAGAUAUGGUUAAAUCAUCAGAAUCAGAAUCAGAAUCAGAAUCAUUUUCAAAGGAUUUUGUAAUGGCAGGAGCAGCAGCAAUCAUAUCUAAAACUGCAGUGGCACCAAUUGAGAGAGUGAAGCUUUUAUUACAAAACCAAAGCGAAAUGAUUAAAAGAGGAAAUCUCAAAACACCAUACCUUGGUUUGUCUAAUACCUUUAAUAGAGUCUUUGCUCAAGAGGGUCUCCUUGCCUUUUGGAGAGGUCACCAGGCCAAUGUUAUUAGAUAUUUUCCCACGCAGGCUUUCAAUUUUGCAUUCAAAGGUUACUUCAAAACCGUCUUUGGAUUUUCCAGAGACAAAGACGGCUACAUCAAGUGGUUUGCUGGCAAUGUGGCUUCAGGCAGUGCUGCCGGUGCUACUACCUCAAUACUUUUGUAUCAUUUGGACUUUGCACGUACAAGAUUGGCCACUGAUUCACUUGAGUGCCGUGCCACUGGUCACCGUCAGUUUAAAGGACUCAUUCAUGUAUAUCGUAAAACAAUAUCAACUGAUGGUUUUGCUGGCUUGUACAGGGGUUUCGGUGUUUCAAUAUUUGGAAUCACCAUGUAUCGAGGAAUGUACUUUGGGAUAUAUGACACCAUGAAGCCUAUUCUUUUAGUUGGCCCUUUUGAGGGGAACUUCUUUGCUAGUUUCUUUUUAGGUUGGAGCAUCACAACUGUAUCUGGUGUCUGUGCAUAUCCUUUUGACACAUUACGCCGGCGUAUGAUGCUAACUUCCGGACACCAAAACAAAUAUUAUAAUUCAAUGCAUGCAUUCCGUGAGAUUGUUGGACAAGAGGGUUUCUUAGCUCUAUUUCGAGGAGUCACUGCAAACAUGCUUCUAGGGAUGGCGGGAGCUGGGGUGCUUGCUGGGUACGAUCAGCUAAACCGUAUCUCAUCUAGACACAGUAACUGUAAUGAAACGAACCAAAGAUUAUGAAAUAAAUGACUGAAUCAUGGUGGAAUUUUCAAGGGAGAAAUACAUUUUUGGACCUAAAAAUCAUAUUUAUCUUUGAGAAAUUAGAAUGGGUAUUAUGGCUCUUCAUUUCAAAAGUUUGGUUGAAAGGAGCACAUACACCAAACAAAUGUAUGGAUAUGAUACCAGCCAAAGGUAUUUGUUCUAGUCAGAGUUUUGAAUAGGUCCUUAGAUUUCAUUCUCCCUUUUGUUAAUAGCAAAUUCUUUAGUGCCUUAUUGAUACACAACUAAGGACAAUUGAAAAGGUAUUUAAGACUGUAAAUGCAGUUAACUUGUCUGUUCUGGUGAAUGCUGUUCAUACGAGGUUUUUAUUUAAUUUACAAUAUCACGGCCAAAUUUUUAUA